GCUUUUUUUCGUGAAAAUGGUCGCCUUCCGAAGAUUACCGACAACCCAGCAACCCACUCGCGAAGAAUCUUGGGCAGGAGGAAGUCGCCAUUUUGGGUGUUUGAGCCAGGGUGGAAAUUAGUGAAUCUAUAGCAUUUUUGAAUUUGGUCAUUUCUACAGGAACUUACCACCAUCCGGUGGAGGUCAAAAAAGACUGGGAUCUUGGCUUUUAUCUCACGGUGUCGGUUGAUUUGGUAAUCGACCAUGCCGCUGAUAAAGAGAUCGGUCGAUCCGAUCGAGCUGAGUCGUGGAAAGUUAGAAGACGGGCUAAAGAGUGAACUGGAAGCCGUGUCCGUAAACACGUUAUGUGGGAUAAUGCGACAACUGAGCAGCAUUUCUAAACACGCGGAAGAUCUUUUCGGCGAGCUUUGUGCCGAAACAAACAAUGUCUUCCAAAGAACGAACUCUCUUCAUGAAAGAAUUCAGAAUUUGUCCAUGAAGGUGACACAACUGGACUCGAAUGUGGAAGAAAUUUCUUUACAAGAUAUAAACUUGCGGAAAGCCUUCAAGUGCACCAUUGUAACAGAUCAGCAGGUUUUGGCCAGUAGUACUCUUCCCUCAGCAAUGAAGGAGAGAUACAGCACUUGUGAUAAACCACCUAGGCUUCAGGAUAUGAACUCUUACAGAGAUGACAAUAAAGAUGCUCUUAAGUUCUACACUGAUCCUACAUACUUCUUUGAGCUGUGGUGUGAAGAGAUGAGGAAAGAAACAGAGAAGAAGAAGAAAAAAAGACGAGCGGGCCGGAUGAGGGCUGGUACAAGGGAGAAGAGGCCAGUCAAGGCUGUGAAGAAGAAACAGUACUGUGCUCAAGGCGAGGAAUUUAAAACUGCUGGCAACAUAUCUUCACCUGCUGCUAUUACAGAAGAAAGUCACCAUGCAGAGAGACGUCCCACCAAUCAUUACUCUAAACAACUGAAUGGUGGCAUCCCUGAUGGUACGCCUCCCAAUCAUGUUAUAAGUCCUGAUGCUGGAACAGGAAAAUCAGGUUCUCCAGCCUUGAGGAGGCAGUCUAGACGAUACACUGGCCAAAAUAUUAAUAAGCCAAAUGUAGCACCACCACCCCCUCCAGUCCCUUCAUUAGGAAAAAUGUCAUCUCCUCCUCAAGCUCAUGAUGAUGCCAUGACAUCACCUGCGGGGAACAUGGUCCCACCACCACCACCAUUGCCAGGGGCUCCUGCUCCCCCUCCCCCUCCACCCCCACCUCCCUUACCUGGUCAGGGUGGGAUGCCAUCUCUAAAGCAGGCCCCUUCGGACCCCUCCGUUGGGCCGCAACCAACAGUCUCACCAAUUUCAGAGUCAACUUCAGAGUCAAGCAUAAGUGUUCAAAGUGGAGAGACACCCCUUCCCCCUCAGAAACAAGUUGAUGCUAGAAGUGACUUGUUGUCUGCCAUCAGAAGGGGCAUGGAGCUUAGAAAGGUCCAAGUGCAAGAGGCCAAGAAUGAGCAGCGCAAUGAUACAAAUGGCUUUAUGGAUGUGGCAACCAUUUUGGCUCGUCGUAUUGCGGUAGAGUAUUCAUCUAGUGAAGAUGAAAGUGAGACUGGCUCUGAAUGGUCUGAUGGUGAAGAUGAGUAAAUGUUUUGUCCUGACUUCAUCUUCUGACCACUUUAGAAUAAAACUGGACAAUCCAUGGACAUUUAUAGAUUGUGGGGUCUUAUUAAAGCAAAUCCAGCAAUAGUUUUGUACAGAUGCAUGAAAUCUGGAGUAAUAUUAUCUAGUGCUGCAAUUAUUUGAUGGUUUCAUGGGUUUUGUAUAACUUUUUUACAAAAAACAUACAUCCAAAGCAAUGUACAAAUUAAAGUACGCCAUACUUUUUCAGUAAUAAUUUGUUAUAAAAUUGAGAAAAAAAGUUAGUGAUAAUAGUCAUAGAGGUUAUGGAUGGUGACAAGAAAUUAUUGUUCUGUUGUCUAAAUUUGUCAUUAUAUGAAGAAGUCUUGAUGUGCUGUUAAGAAAUUAUGUGUGCGUAUGCAGUUGAACUUUACAGAGCAGCCUUCAAGCUGAAGCAUGCACAUGCAGUAUGGUUGUCUGUGGAAGUUUAAUUGUAUUUGAUAGAGCUAUAUUGUUGGUUGAGGCAGUGACAGUUUUGUUAUUAAUAUAAAGAUCAAAAUUAAUGUUGCCUUUCAAAAAGACAGUUUCUUUGAAUAUUGACAUUAAUUUUAUGUUUUCAGAAUGUAACAUACUAGAACAAUGAGCAUACUGGUCACCUGUUGUGACAUAUUCUAGAUACAACAAGUGCAAAAUGGUCAAUAAAAUGUAAUGGUUUCUUUUUAAACCGCUCUCUGUAUUAAAUAGAUGCAUUGAAACUCCACUUCACAUCCGAAAUGGAAAAUUUAUUUUAGGGUUUAUUAUCUCUCAUAUGUCCAUGUCACAAGAAUUAAGGCAGUCACCAUUUACAUUCUGUAAAACAAAUUGUCUUGCAAUCAAAGAAAUUUGACGAAAGCAAAACCAAAUGAAUGUUAGCCGGUAAGGAUAAUUUGGACACCAACAUUUAAGUAAUGCAAAAUGGAGCCUUCAAAUGCCUGGUAGCCUAUGUAUAAGAAAAGGUAAUGAUUUUGGGACGUUGAUAAGUACCGGUAAUUUGAUUGACCAGUGUAUUUCCACAAGUAGUAGGAGUGGUUUUCAAUAAUGAGUGUCAUAAAACCAAAACCAUUGUAAUCGCAAUAGCCAAUCACAGGGGACUCGGACAAUCCAGAGAACCAAUCAACAUCCAAAACUAAUAGAUGGUUUUGGUUUAUUUCCAAUUGGAUUAGAAAGAGGUGUGAGUUUUGUGAACCAAUCAUUAUGCACAGUAAUGCAAAACUAAAUCAAAUGUGAAUUAGUUUGGACACUCAGUUGAAAACUGCUUAGCAGAGUCGCUGAAUGACUGAUGCAGAUGAACUGGUUAAAGGUUUAAAAUUCUGCAUUAUAUUAAAAUCAAACAAUCUCAUCAGGUAGACCUGCUCAGUAUCCUGUUGUUUCCUGUUAAAAAAAAUGGUGACAAUUUUUUUGCAUUGUCAUCCAGAAACAACUUAAUAAAUUUGAUAAAGGUAAAUGGGUGGUACUGGGGUGAAGGGGUCGGGGUGGGAGAAGUUUUUUGGGAGAGGGCUCCUGAGUCUUAGUCUUUUCUACUGUAGACUUGCCCUCCCCUCUUCUUACCCUCCUCUUUUUCUUUUACCUUGUUAGGGGUGUUUGAUUGGUUAUAAGAAGUUUUAUUUCACUAUAUUUCAACCUUUCAGCAUUGCAUUUUAACAUUCUAAACAGGGCUACUAAUACUAGAUCUUGUGUUGAACAGGUAAAGUCACAGAGAAAUAAAAGCAUAUGUAUAUUGUAAUAAUAGUAAAGAGAAGGGAAAUAGUUUCAACAAAAUGACAUUAUUAUCAACAUUUUUCAUGUACCAUAAUUGCAAAUAUGUUCUGUAAAAACUAUUUUUGUAUUCCACUAUGUUUGGUACGUAAGUUCACAUGUUUUGUAAAAAUGAACAGGGCGAUUGACAAAAAAUUUGUUUGCUUUCAGUUGGGAAACAAGUGCAGUUUUUGCAAAUCUUAGUUGAAACACUUCUGAAGUUGUGAAUCUUUAUUGUCCCAUAAUAAAAAUAACAAGAACUGAAAAGGGCUAUGAAAGAUGUCACAUGAUCAUGGCACCAUCAGUUGCUUAGCAACUAUGAGACAAAAACUGCAGGCUCAGUUUGGUCUCGGAAACUGGAAUUUGCUGUCAACUAGUACUUGUUUUCUCAACUGUAUGAGCUAGAGAAUCAAAAACUAAAAAUAGCAUUGCCAAGAAACCUGUUGAAAAGCAUGGAAUGAGGUUUUCACCCAUUAGUAUAAGAUUCUCUUGUGUAGAUUUGAUUUUCAGUCAUUUCAUGAUGGUGAUUUUCAUCUUUGAAGGCUAAGAAUGCAGGUGCAUGGUGGGCUGAAAAUCAAGCCUAUGUUACAUUGUUAUCACUAAAUGCUGAAAAUAAAUAAAACUAGCACAGUUAUUCAA